GCAGCCUCCGCCUUUAGACCUAGAAGUGCGAAAUAAGCAUAGAAGUGAGGUUCGGGCUUCCGAUGGCGGAAAACAAGCAAAUUCCUCCACAGUUCGACUUAAACGCGAAAUGGGAUGCUUGCCUCGAUCUAACUCUCCGUCGGUUUUUCUAUUCUUCCUUGGCUGGAGCUUUUGGUGGCCUUCUUUUCUUCAGGAGUCCUGUCACACGCUGGGCAUCUAUAGCAUUUGGUGCUGGUGUGGGUCUUGGAUCAGCAUAUAAUGAGUGUUCUCUUAAAUAUGAAAAUUCUCCACCAAAGUUGGUAGCACCUAAAAUUUCUGUGGCUACUGCUUCUCAGCAUGAGCAGGACUGAGUAAAGUGGCUAUUGGAGGAACUCUGAAGCUGUUUGGGUUUUUAAUUCUUAAUGGCAUUUUUGUAAGUUAAUAAUAUUGUUGCUUCUUUUCUCUUGUAAUGCUUUCAGUUGAUGUUGUGACGUGGGUACUCUCGAUGGAUUAACCUUUCACUGAAUAUGCCCGGACACGUUUUACACACCAUAGCUUUUGGUUGUGGAUCUGGAUAAUUAGUGUGGAAAACAGGUGGGAAGUAAAAGUUUGUUUUGCAUUCUUUGCCUGUUAGACAUACAACUCUCAAAUUUAGAAUGACUCUGGAUAUUAUCUGGAAAAGGUAGAAAGGAUGUAAUUUGGGAGAAUAUGAGCAGCGGUCAUGAUUCUGAAUUGUUU